UCCAGGGUGAACUUCCGUUUAAUCGGCUAAACAAAUUCAAACCGACGAAGUCGUUACUACAAGGUGAACGUUGUUUGGCAAACCGUGAAAGCAGCUAUUUUAGAAGACGAAUUUUUGAUUUUGCAUGAUAUCCAUUCUCAACUGGACUAAUAAUGGCACUAAGAAAUCGGACAGCGGUUGCACACAUUGUAAAUCAGGAAAAUGUCAAAAACACAAAGCCUUCGGUCACUGCAUUACCAGGAAAAAAUAGAAGGGCUGCUUUAGGCGAAAUAGGUAACAAAGUGAAUACAAUACGGGGCAUAGAAAUCGUUGAUAGGACAAGUUUGUUACAAAAAAAUAAGAAAAUGGUAUUAGCGCCAACGAAACAAAAUCUUAAGCCAGUGGAGAAAGUAUCUGAGAAGACACCGGUACAGAUAGUAAAACCUGUUCAAAAGACUGUAGUUUCUCCAGAACACAAUCCCACUAAGCUGCUCCCUCAAAAAAAAGAGAUAGAGUCUUUCUCCACGGAUUUAUUGGCAUUUGAAGAUAUCGACGAAGACGAUAAGGAAAAUCCUAGUCUAGUUUCUAUUUAUAGCAAUGACAUAUACGAAUACUUAAGAAAUUUAGAAAGUAAGUUCCCUAUCACUAAAGGAUACCUAGCGGGUCAAGAGGUCACAUCGAAAAUGAGAAGUGUACUUAUAGACUGGCUGGUUGAAGUUCACCAACAAUUUCAUUUAAUGCAAGAAACAUUAUAUCUCACUGUUGCUAUUAUCGAUCGAUUUUUACAGACUUUUCGUGCGAUAGACAAAAAGAGGCUGCAAUUAGUUGGGGUAACAGCUAUGUUUAUUGCUGGCAAAUAUGAAGAAAUGUAUUCCCCAGACAUAAAAGACUAUGUGUACAUCACAGAUAAUGCAUAUUCAAAGGUAGAAAUAUUACAAAUGGAAAUGCUUAUUGUAAAAACGCUAGAUUAUUCUUUCGGUCGGCCAUUACCGUUGCAUUUCCUCAGAAGGUAUAGCAAAGCUGGGAAGGCACUCUCUGUACAUCAUACAACAGCUAAAUGUUUCCUAGAGCACUGUUUGGUCCAUUAUGAAAUGUGUCACUACCCACCAAGCUUGCUUGCAGCUGCAGCAAUAUAUUUAGCAUUUAUAAUUAUUGGUAACGAUGAUGACAAGGAAAAAGUUGUCUGGACAAGUACAUUGGCGCAUUAUAGUACCUAUUCUAGGGACGAUGUAUUACCCGUAGUUCGGGAAAUAGCACGUAUUAUAAUUAACGUGGAUGAGAGCAAAUAUCAAGCCGUAAGGAAGAAGUACGUUCAAUCGAAAUACAUGAAAAUUAGUACUCGUCCUGAAUUUAGAUCACCGAUUCUGCUUUCCAUAGCUACAACAAAUAAGGAAGCGCAUAAAUAGGGUAGGUGACCCAUUUUCCAACGGAAAAACAUACGAAAUAAACAGCGGCGAAAAAAAUGAGAGACACGAGACUAUCUUCAUUCAU